AACGCCGGGAGUGAGCUGGGGCCCGCGGGAGAGCAGCCGCUUUCUCCCCGGCGGGGGCUGGGUCUCCAUCAGCUCCGGCAGGUUAAGGCAUUCUCCGAGCGAGGUGGGCGGGUGGGCGGUGCUGCCGGGCAGGGGCUUGCCGGUGGAGGAGCCCGCCGGUGGAGGAGCGCGGCGUUUCGGUGGCGGAAAUCGCUGUAUAGAAGGCUACCUCAGAUUUUGAUAAGCAGGCAUGGCUGUCACGCUGCAUACUGAUGUGGGGGAUAUUAAAAUUGAACUAUUCUGUGAGCGUACUCCAAAGACUUGUGAAAAUUUCCUGGCUCUUUGUGCUAGUAACUACUACAAUGGAUGCGUAUUUCACCGAAAUAUAAAGGGCUUCAUGGUUCAGACAGGGGAUCCAUUAGGCACUGGGAAAGGAGGUAACAGCAUCUGGGGCAAGAAGUUUGAAGAUGAAUUCAGUGAAUAUCUAAAGCACAGUGUCCGUGGGGUAGUUUCCAUGGCAAACAAUGGUCCCAACACCAAUGGAUCACAGUUUUUCAUCACUUAUGGCAAACAGCCACACCUGGACAUGAAGUACACGGUGUUUGGAAAAGUUAUUGAUGGCUUGGAGACCCUGGAUGAGCUGGAGAAGCUGCCUGUGAAUGAGAAAACCUAUCGACCUCUUAAUGAUGUUCGCAUUAAAGACAUUACAAUUCAUGCCAACCCUUUUGCUCUGUAGCCACAGAAUGCUGCAACACAUUCUUCAGAGUCUGGUCAGAUAAUUCCCAGAUUAUAGGGUUUAAAGAGCCAUCAAAAAGGGUAACUUCAUCUGGAUCAUAUCUUUGCUUAUUGAAUGCAGAAUUUUCAGGGGCUUUAACAUUGUUUGGGAGUUGUCACAGAGAAGUCUUCUGCUUCAGAAGCCAGGUUUUCCAGAGUAUCUUCUAGCAUUUUGAUUUUUAAGCAUUGUUUUUUAUACUUGUACAAUAAAAAUUUAAUUUUUUUUCCUAA